UGAGCACACGUGUCCACCUCAGUCUCGUUGCACACCGAAGAUGGCGGACGUAGAAAUGAACUCUGCCAAAAAACAGAAGAAGAAGAAGGAAAAGACAGUUGCUGAUGAUGACGUUGGGGAUAUUCAGGAGAGUGGUGAUUUUCUCAUCAAACCAGAGUCCAAAGUUGCCAGUCUGGACACAUCUCAGUGGCCAUUGCUGUUGAAAAAUUUUGACAAACUCAACAUCAGGACAGCUCACUACACACCCUUGCCAAAUGGCUCAAACCCUUUGAAGAGGAACAUUCAGGAUUAUGUCCGGACAGGCUUCAUCAACUUGGACAAGCCUGCCAAUCCCUCCUCUCACGAGGUGGUGGCCUGGAUCCGACGUAUCCUGCGAGUGGAGAAGACUGGCCACAGUGGCACCCUGGACCCUAAGGUGACAGGCUGCCUCAUUGUGUGUGUGGACAGAGCCACACGACUGGUCAAGUCCCAGCAGAGUGCAGGCAAAGAGUAUGUGGGAAUUGUUCGGCUGCACAAUGCUAUUGAGAAUGAGCACACGCUUGCUAGGGGUAUUGAAACCCUCACAGGUGCUUUGUUCCAGCGACCACCUCUCAUCGCGGCCGUUAAGCGCCAGUUGAGAGUGAGGACUGUUUAUGAAAGCAAACUCAUUGAGUACGACCCAGAGAGGAGAUUGGGUAUUUUCUGGGUGAGCUGCGAGGCUGGUACAUAUAUCAGAACCCUGUGUGUCCACCUGGGGCUCCUCCUUGGUGUUGGUGGUCAGAUGCAGGAGCUGAGAAGAGUUCGCUCUGGUGUUCUGGGAGAGCGGGACAAUUUGGUGACCAUGCACGAUGUGCUGGAUGCUCAGUGGCAGUAUGACCACAACAAGGACGAGACGUACCUGCGCAGAGUCAUCUACCCACUGGAGAAGCUUCUGGUGUCGCACAAACGUUUGGUCAUGAAAGACAGUGCAGUGAAUGCGAUCUGCUAUGGCGCAAAGAUAAUGUUGCCUGGUGUCCUACGAUAUGAGGAUGGCAUCGAGAUGAACCAAGAUAUUGUGGUUAUAACGACCAAAGGAGAGGCGAUUUGUAUAGCUACUGCCCUCAUGACUACUGCAGUGAUCUCCACAUGUGACCAUGGUGUGGUGGCCAAGAUCAAGAGGGUCAUCAUGGAACGUGACACUUACCCCCGCAAGUGGGGCCUGGGGCCCAAGGCCAGCCAGAAGAAGAUGAUGAUCCAGAAGGGUCUGCUGGACAAACAUGGCAAAGCCAACGACAGCACUCCAUCAGACUGGAAGAAGGGCUAUGUAGAUUACAGUGCGUCCAAGCCCAAGGCUGAAGGAACCGGCAAUGGUGAAGCAAAGAGGAAGAGAGAAGACAGCGAUAGUGAUGCAGCAGCCACCCCAGCACCCUCUGCACCUUCCACUCCAUCGGCAGAAGACCUCAAGAAGGAGAAGAAGAAAAAGAAGAAGGAAAAGAAGCAAAAACUAGAGGAGGCGGCGGCACCGGAGCCAGCAGCAGAGACAGACGGAGAGGUGGGUGAGAGUGCCAAGAAGAAGAAAAAGAAAAAGAAGAAGGAAGUGGAGGCAGAAGCGGAGUGAAGAGCUUAUGGACAAUGAAAGGACCAUAGAACGUGAGGGUCAGAAUGAGUGCCUGCAGAUAGUUAUCCUACAGAUGCAACGGGCGCUGAAGAGGCAGCAGGCUGGGCAAGAACCCAGAGUAUAAUCAUUUUUUUUUGUUAAUCAUGUCUGUCCAGAAUGACCACACAUGGAUAAUCAUAAGGGGCUUAGACUGGGUUAGUCUUAUGAUCAUACGGUUGUGACAUGUCAACUAGAGCCAUGCACGGGUAUGAAUUUUAAGCCAUUCAGGCCCUACCCAUGCCUGCGACAUUCAAGCCCUACCCUACCCAGACCCGAUUGCUUCUGCCAAAUUUAAAGCCCGGCCCUAGCCGAAAUCAGAAGUAACUUCCUCCGUUAAUAAAUCCAUUAACUUUUCCUGUCUGUCACUCACUCCCUGGGCACAGGCAGCUUGCUCUACAUGCACUCUGCUCAUGGCGCUCUGCGUCUUGAUAAUCCACAGCACUGGCUCCGCUUAGGCUUCUCUGCUCAAUGACGAGACAUGAGAGCAGUGAGCUGUUCGUUACUUUUCGUCACUCUAAACUCAGAUAACUCAAGGAACAUUAUUUUCUGGGAAAUAAUCUCUUUUAUAUUUGAGGUUGAAUCACCAUGUUAUGAUCUUAGUCAGAUAUGACUACUGCGCAGCAGAUCACGAGCAAAUGGCCCAGCUUCAAAAUGUUAGUGAUACCCGUAUCCUAGUUAUUUUGGGGGGGGAAACAGGCCCUACCCAGCCCUAACCUGAUGUAUAAUGUCUGGGUUGGGUAGCAGAGCUCUAAUUUCAACCGCCCCUGUAUGACCUUUGUUUUUGUACUCAAAUUUGGUUUUUACACAUUUUAGGUACUGUCCCUGUGUGGGCGUUGGUUUCCUCUGGGCGUACCCUCAACUGUGUGAAAUGCCAUUGGCAGGUUUUUAUAUUGUACUGUAAAUACAAAUGAGCUGUAAUCAUUAAUUGUAAUUUGAAAUGAAAUGUUUUUUUUUGUUGUAA